AUGGGCACACAGAAUGAGGGGCUAGACGCCCCAGACGAAAUGUCCAACGAGCAUAACGAACAUCAACCCCCAGCCGAGGCUAGUCCAGAGAGGCAACCAGUGCCCGACGGAGGGCUAGAAGGCUGGCUCAGCGUACUCGCGGGUUUCUGCGUCUUCGUCAACUCUUGGGGCCUCAUCAGCUGCUAUGGCGCAUUCCAAGAAUUCUACCAAACGGUUCUCCUCCCGAACGAAUCACCCUCCACGAUCUCCUGGAUCGGCAGUAUCCAAGCCACCCUGAUCGUGAUGGUCGGCAUGGUGACCGGCCCUCUAGUCGAUGCAGGAUACCUCCGGCCUCUGAUCCUCACCGGAUCCUUCCUAGUCGUGUUCGGGAUGAUGAUGCUCAGCCUAGCAACGGAAUACUACCAAGUUCUCCUCGCGCAGGGCUUCUGCGUCGGCAUUGGCGGCGGCAUCACCUACAUCCCCGCGAUGGUCGUUAUCUCCUCGCACUUUACAACCAAACGGCCCAUAGCCAUCGGCUGCGCCUCUAUCGGCUCCAGCGUCGGCAGCGUCAUCUUCCCCAUUCUCUUCCGCCAAGUCCAACCCAUCAUCAACUUCGCCUGGAGCGUCCGCUGCAUCGCAUUCAUCAAUCUGUUCCUCGCCCUCAUCACCUGCGCUAUCCUCUGCCGUCGACCUGGCAAGAAAACCCGCACUAGAAGCCUCAUCGAACUCAAAGCCCUGACUCAUCUCCCCUUUAUGCUCCUCUCCCUCUCCAUGACAUGUGUCAUGCUCGCUUACUACGUACCCAUCUUCUACAUCGCCACUUACGCCCGCUCCGCCCUCAGCACCGCAACCAGCCUCUCAUUCUACCUCGUCUCCAUCACAAACGGCGCCUCCGCCUUCGGCCGCACGGUACCCUACCUCCUCGCCUCAGGAGGCACCCACAUCAAACCCAUCUUCAUCCUAAUAGCCUUCGUCGCAGCAGCAGCAGUAGCCAUGUUCACCUGGAUCGCGACAACAAAAACAGCCGGAUUCAUCGUUUGGGCAUGUUACUGGGGUUUCGUGAGCGGGGUGCUAGUCACAGCGCCGACGUCCAUCGUCGCUCACAAGGCAUUCUGUCCCGAUAGUGACUUCCUCGGGACGAGAAUGGGCAUGAUGUGGGGGAUUAGUUCGUUCGGGUCGUUAGUGGGCACGCCCGUUGCAGGAGCGUUAGUGAAUUUAGAAACGGCGGACUUUGUUCGUGCGCAAGUGUUUGCGGGUUGUUUGAUGGUUGGGGCGGUCGUGUUGCAGGUUUGGCCGGUUGUUUGUGUGGUUAGGGUGGAUAAGGGGGUGGGGAAGGUGCAAUAG